AUGAAAACUACGACAACACCGUCGACCGUUGCACACAAUGCUAUGCCACCGCCAUCAGCCGUUUCAAGCGCGCGUUCAUCUCGCGUUGCACCCCAUUCACAUAUCAAGGGUCUUGGACUGACCCCAGAAGGGCUUGCGUUGUCCGAUGGUGGUGGUUUUAUCGGACAGAUGAACGCACGGGAGGCGUGUGGUGUCGUCGUCGAACUCAUCAAGUCACGCAAAUUCUCUGGACGUGCCUUACUCCUCGCUGGUGCACCUGGGACGGGAAAGACUGCGCUUGCGUUAGCCGUGUCCCACGAACUUGGAGUCAAGGUACCAUUUUGUCCGAUGGUCGGGUCAGAGGUGUACAGUGCAGAAGUGAAGAAGACAGAAGUCCUUGCGGAGGCUUUCAGACGAGCAAUAGGUCUGAGGAUUAAAGAGACAAAAGAGGUUUAUGAAGGCGAAGUCACAGAGCUGACUCCGGCCGAAGCUGAAAACCCUCUCAGCGGAUAUGGAAAAACCGUGUCACACGUCAUAGUUGGUCUGAAAACGGUCAAGGGAACGAAGCAACUUCGGCUUGAUCCUACUAUCUAUGAAGCGAUGCUCAAAGAGAAGAUCGUUGUGGGCGACGUUAUCUACAUAGAAGCCAAUACAGGUGCUGUCAAGCGUGUUGGCCGAUCAGACGCAUAUGCAUCAUCCUACGACCUUGAAUCGGAGACAUAUGUCCCACUACCGAAGGGCGACGUGCAUAAGCGGAAAGAAUUAGUCCAGGAUGUCACGCUGGGUGACCUCGAUGCGGCUAACGCAAGACCGCAGGGCGGUCAGGAUAUCAUGAGUGUUAUGGGUAGCCUCAUGAAAAGCGGUCGCACGGAGGUCACGGAAAAACUGCGGAAAGAGGUGAACAAAGUUGUGAAAGGUUACGUUGACCAAGGCGUUGCAGAGGUGAUACCAGGUGUCGUGUUCGUCGACGAGGUGCACAUGUUGGAUAUCGAGUGCUUUACGUAUCUAAAUGCGCUUCUCGAGUCGCCCAUGGCACCGACAGUCAUACUUGCUACCAACAGGGGCAACGCUGUUGUCCGUGGAACAACCGAUGUUAUCUCGCCACAUGGUAUACCUGUGGAUUUGCUCGAUCGGUGUUUGAUCGUCAAGACUGAUACAUACAAUCGGGAGCAGAUUGCCAAAGUAGUCCAACUGCGCGCCAACGUUGAGGGACUCAAGCUCGGCCCAGGUGUGCUGGAUCGGUUAGCAGAAGAAGGGGAGAGAGGGUCAAUGCGAUAUGCCCUCCAGUUACUCACCCCUGCAUCCAUUCUCGCUGGCCUUUCCGGAAGAAACCAAAUCGAGGUGGAAGAUAUUGGGGAGAUGAACGAGUUGUUCCUCGAUGCAAAAACAUCUGCUAGGAAUAUAGGCUCAGAGGGCGGAUUUGAUGGCAGUAGGAUGUAG